UGUCCUUGUUUUUUUAUUAGAGAAAACCCUGUUUGGCCGAUUCUAUAAUAUGAUUCCUUAUAACAUCAGUUAAGAAGUCCCAUAGGAAUCUCUUUCUUUGUCUAUUUAUUUAAUGUUCUUUUUUCGUGUCUGUGUUUCAGGCAAUAAUUGUAUCUUGUCCACCCAGCAACUCCAAUAGCAACCUCAUCAAACCCCUUCAACAGAAUUUUUUUUUUUAUAUUUAAAAUUUUGGGUUCCAUUUUUCAAAGCCCAGAGCUCUGUAAAUUUUCAUUUAUGAUGGCUGUUGACCUGCACAACUGUGAGUUAUUGAUUCCUUCUGAUAACUUUGAUGGUCUUUCAAUGGAAAACAACAAUACCAACAACAACAAAGGCAGGGCUUACUUAUUUGGCUCAUCCGAGUUUGGCUCCGAGUUGAGUUCACCAAUUGGGUCGGAUCAGUUGAGUUCAAGCUCGACGGAGAGCAGUAAUAGUGAAGAAGAAGAAGAAGAAGAAGAAGAAGAAGAAGAAGAAGAAGAAGAAGAAGACUGUUUUAUCGGUGAGUUCACUCGCCAGAUGGCUCAGUACAUGCUUCAAGAUGAAGAUAAACAUGAAAAGUCCUCUGGUUCAACUAUGGUUGGGAAAUUUGAAAAUAUGAAAAUACAUGAAGAGACAGCAAGAUAUUACCAUGGAUUUCAAUCAAAACAAGCCCUUAUUGAUGAUCAAAUAAGAGCUAUCCAAUUUUACAAGCUGAAACAAGAGCAAGCAAUGAAGCAAAGGGAACAAAAGCCAAAAACUAAGCAUUGUCAAAGCAAAGGAAUAGCUAUUGGAGGGUUCAACAAUGGCCAAAAACUUGCCCCCACCUCUAAUAAUCCCUGUUACUUUCUGAACCAACAACAACAAAGCAACCAACAAAUCGGUUCUGAUAUGAGGGCCGUUUUCCUUAAUGGAUCCGGUUCCAAAACUGGUUCUUCUGGAACCGGUGUCUUCUUGCCUCGUGGAACAACUACUGGCAAUUCAAGAAAGAAACAAGGAUGCCCCACGGUUCUAAUUCCUGCAAGAGUAGUUCAGGCCUUGAAGCUCCAUUUUGAGAAAACAGGGGUUCCGUCAAGGUUCAAUACCAAUGCUUUUUAUCCACUUAAUGCAGCGGCUUCUUCUAUGAGUAGGCCACAAAAAGGUCGGUCGGAGGCGGCAGUGCCGGCUACAAACCACCACCAUCAAGAAAUGAAUCUACCUCAAGAAUGGACUUAUUAACAACCCUCAGUGGAUUGUUUUGGUUUCUAAUUCUUCAAUGUAAGAUAAAGGAAAGGAGCAAAAAUAAGUUGCCAAGCAGAAUAAAAAGGAAGGAAAUGUAGGGAAUCUAAAAAAGAAAAGAAUAGGACCAAUUAAUAGUGCUAUUUAGGUUAGGAAUGUGUAUUUUCCCUUGUUUUGUAUAAUCAAGUUAGAUGGGAAAAAUAAAAAUGUGUUAUGAAAAAAAUUGGUACAGUCUUUUUUGUACCUUCCUCUGGCUGGCUGGCUGGCUGGCUUGGCUUUUUGUAAUAAAAAUCAGCUAUUUUAGCUAAUAUUAAA